AUGAAUGCCAGUGGACCAGCGGCGAGCAAUUGGGGUGCGAACUUUUGGGUUACUAUCACUGACCCUCAGACGCAAGCAACCUUCUACGCCUGUCCCGCAACAGGCGCCGUUUCCUGGGACCCUCCAGAGAACACCUUCCUCCUGCCCCCUUCGACAGAGGGAGAAUGGUGGGAGCUCAAAGAUGAGAGUCGGGGCGGUCUGUCCUAUUUCUAUCAUACCAGAACGGGGGAGACGGUCUGGGAGCGCCCAGGGGGGUUCGUUAUCCCAUUGGGGAUGAUACAGCAGAACUCUGCAUUGGGAAAGAGACUCUCUUUCGUAGUUGAAGAACCUGACCAACUCGACCCGACGACGGAAGUCGACUCCACUCCCUCGCGUUCGCUCUCCCCAACCUCAUCCUUCGGCGAGACCAUCCGCCCUUCUACACCGACUUCGCCCCGACACCCUUCUGCGCUCCAGCCCCGCCCCUCCCUGCCAAACAUCACCAACCUCACCGCCGCUGCAGCGAGUAUCGUCUCCCCCCUCCAGGCAUUCCCAUCCGACGCAGACGGGGCGAAAAGCCUCCCUGCGUCGCCUCUUACCGCGUACGGGUAUCCGAAUGGUCAUGGACAUGGCAAUGGGAACGCCUGGCCAAACGGAGCGGGGCAUCACAGUCAGGGAAGUGCCAGCUCUGCACCGCCUCCCUCUGUGAACGGCCACCCGGGACACGCAGUGUUAGUCAAGAAACGCACAUCUGGAGCUACCAACUCCCUCCGCACGAACGGGACGCUCGGCACAGGCACGGGAAGCAGCAGCACCCCCUCUUCCCCUUCCCUGCCGACUGCUCCACCGAGCCCGCUCUUCCCACGUUCUGCCUCGCCGAGGUCGAGCCAAGUCAGCCUGGCUUCCCUCUCCCCCUCGUUCCGAGGUAAACCCCCCAGCCCGCUGCGUCCACUUCCAGGCGCAGGUGGGUUCUCCCAGCGCCCCGGAACUGCUGGGAGUACGAAGGCCCAAGGGAUGAGCGUGACUGUCGGUCCUCAGGGGCUUGGGAUGAGGGAAGGACCGAGGCAGAGGAGCGCGACGCUGAGCAGUGUAAGGAGCAGCACACAUCCCACCCUCCCCCCGACGCUCCAAGACGACAUCAAGAAGUUUGCUACCUCGGAGUACGCGCGCAAGUUCUUCUCCCAGCGCUCGCGCGGAUUCUGGUUCCUCAAGCGCCGCAAGAUCCCCGUAGACGAAACCAUGCGUUGGCAGCGAUCUGCCCUUGACGGGCCUUUGCUCGUCAUGAACGGCAGUUUGCACAAAGACGCUGUAGCGGCGUUCAAAGUCGUCCAGCGCAUUAUGGGGGAUCGCGACCCUCUCAAGCCCAUCGGGGUCGGGGCGCGUAUGGCAAGCCAGACGGGCUCUAGAGGCAGCCCGAACAGCAGCUUCAGCUCUGUCUCGGGCUCGACGGGUCCAGGAGGGGCGAAUGGGGAUGGAAACAGUAUCAUCGAGGAGGAGAGGUGGCUUUUGCAGGCUGGAAUCUCGCACACGGAGCUGAGGGACGAGAUCUAUUGCCAGGUGAUGAAGCAGCUCACUGAGAACCCGAAUACGGACAGUGCUUUCCGCGGUUGGCAGUUACUCUGCGUUCUCAUCGUCACCUUUCCGCCGUCGAAGUACUUCGAGGACCACUUGACCCAUUUCCUUCACUCAAGUAUGCAUAACACCGAAGGAAAGGUCGACGUCAUGGCUGGCUACUGCCUCAGGAGACAAGAGAUCAUCAUGUGGAAAGGUCCGCGAGGCAAAGCGCCGAGCCUGGAGGAGAUCGAAGCCGCUGCUGAUGCCGCUUUCCACCCUUCGGUGUUCGGCGAGUCCCUUCCGCUUAUCAUGUCCCUCCAAGCGACUGUCUACCCCCCUUCCGAGCAGCCAGUACCUAUCAUCCUCCCCUUCCUCUCUUCUGGCAUCCUCGCCUUGGGAGGGAUGAAGGAAGAAGGGAUAUUCCGACUUCCCGGCGACACAGAUGCUGUAGCUAGUCUGCGCCUGCGGAUUGAGCGCGGACACUAUCAUCUUGAAGGCGUGGAGGAUCCACACGUCUGCGCAAGUCUGAUGAAGAGUUGGCUCCGUGAGCUGCGUGAACCCGUCAUCCCUGAAGGGCAGACAUACAAUCUCGCCCUUCAAGCUGCCGCCUCAGAUAACCCAAACCAGGUGCUUGACGUUGUCCGCCACCUGCCUGAACCCAAUAGGCGCGUUCUUCUCCAUGUCAUCAGCUUCCUGCAGCUGUUCGUUGGCGAUGAGGUUGUUGAGCACACCAAGAUGACAGAGGAGGGUCUCGCACGGGUCAUGACGCCUAACCUUAUUCGAGGCAGGACGGAUGACCUGGACGUCGCGUUCCGUAACAACCACUUUGAAAACGUCUUCGUCGGCAUGCUCCUGCGCCACAUGGACUGCUCGACGGUUGACCCCGGCUACAGACCGAUGCACGGUCGUGCUUAG